UUUCUUUCUUUCAUUCUUUUUUCGUUCUUUCUUUUCUUCUUUUUUAUUCGUUCUUUCUUUCUUUCUUUCUUUCGUUCGUUCUUUCUUUCUUUCUUUUUUGUUCGUUCUUUCUCUUUCUUUCUUUCUUUCUUUAGUUCGUUCUUUCUUUCCUUCUUUUUUGUUCAUUCUUUCUUUCUUACGUUCAUUUUUUCUUUCUUUCUUUCAUUCUUUCUUUCUCUCUUUCUUCCGUUCGUUUGUUCUUUUUCCUUUCUUUCGCCCGCUCGUUCGUUUGUUCUUUCUUUCUAUCUUUCUUUAUUUCGCUCGCCGGUUCUUUCUUUCUUUCUUUCUUUCUUUCUUUCUUUUUUCUCUGUUUAUUGUUUUAUUCCUUUAUCUCCAAUCCAUUUUUACUUUUUUUCUGUCCCUCAUUCUUUUAUUUUCUCUCCCUCAUCCUCUUAACUUUUCUUUUAUACCUCCCUCCUCUGCCUCCUAUUUUCCUUUUGCCUCCUCUUCUCCACUUUUCGUUAUUCUCUCUCCACCUCUUCUCAUUUCUUUCUGUUUUCUUCCUACUUCCUUUCUCCCUCCUACUCUUCUUAUUUUCUUCUUCUCUUUUCCUUUUCUGAACCUCUCUCUUCUUCACCCCUUUAUUUCUUUCUCCUCCUACUCUUUUUUAUUUCCUUUCUUUCUCCUUUUUCCUCUUUCUUUCUCUACUCUUCGCUCUCCUUUCUCCUCCUCUUCUGUUUCUACAUUUUUCUUUCCUUUCUCCCCUCUUACAUUUCUUUCUUUCUUCUCUUCUUCCUUUUAUUAUCUCUCCUUCUUCAUUCCUGAGGACGUUGCAUUUUCCUUUCUUCCUCCUCUUCUUUUUCAUUUUCUUAUUUUCUUCCUUUUUCUCUUUCUUUCUCUACCCUCUGCUGCCUUUCUUAGAUCUUUCUCCCCCUCCUUCACCUUUUUCAAUUUUUCUCCCUCCACCACAUCUUAUUCUCUCUCCUCCCCUUCACACUGUCUUUUUUCUCUACCCCCUCCUAUUCGGGCUUUUUUAUUGACUCAUUUUUUCGUUCCUCUUUCUUUUUUCUACCCUCUGCUACCUUUCUUAGCUCUUAGUCCUCCUUCUCUUUUUUUUUCAACUUUUCUACCCUCCCACUACGUCAUAUUCUCUCUCCUCCCCUUCACACUGUUCUUUUUCUCUCCCCCCUCCUAUUCGGGCUUUUUAUUGACUCAUUUUCUCGUCCCUCUUUCUUUUUUCUACCCUCUGCUUCCUUUCUUAGCUCUUAGUCCUCUUCCUCUUUUUUCUUCAAUUUUUCUACCCUCCCACUACGUCUUAUUCUCUCUCCUCCCCUUCACACUGUUCUUUUUCUCUCCCCCCUCCUAUUCAGGCUUUUACUAUUGA